AGGGGCAGAAUGUUCACAUCUUUGUAAGUGGCCAAAACGAGACCACCAAUGCCAGCCACAGCAGAAGUCAGAGUUUUGGUUUGUCCUCAAGUAGAAGACAUGGUCCUGGGAUGGAUACUGGCAGCACUACUGCAGGAAUGUCUCACAACAUCCAUAGUAUCACCUGAGGUGCACAUACUUCCUUCUCCAGGAGUCUAUCUCUCCUACCUGUUCACCAAUACAUCUUUAUAUUUUCCACCGCUGGAAGGUAUGGUACCAGAAGUGGUCACAGUGCAGCAGGAAGCUUUACAGCAGAAAGAUGUCUCAUGUAUCGGUGUAGAAUACAGCAGAACCGCAGACUAUGGUGUCUUCUGCCUCUGGAAUGGGACAGGACAUGAUGCUGAAAUUACUGCUGAGGACUAUGUGGAACUCAAGAGGAUUAUGUUCCCUUCAGAUUCACAUCUAGUAGAUCACACGUGGCAGUUGCAGUGCGCUAUGGGAGAAAACACGACCCAGAUUACCUGCACGAUACAAUAUGUGACGCAGGAGACAUCCAUGAACACAGAGUUUAUGCCUCAUCUAUAUUACAAAAGGAAUGACAAGGAUGAAGACAUAAACGAGGCUGACUGCAGAUGCCACAGACAUGAGCGGUGCGAGUGCCACUUCUCUCCUGCCCUAUACAAUGAGUCCUAUAUCCUGUGGAUGGAAAUCGUCGGCCCUGCCACAUCUCUGCGCUCCCCUCCAAUGCUGCUCCGAGCUGCUGCCAUCAUACAGCCGGUCCCCCCGAGUGACUUGCGAGCAGAGAUAACCAGUGAUGGAAAGUUGAAGGUUCUAUGGUCCAGCGCUGCAUCCACACCCCGCAGGCUUCAGUGUCAAGUGAAACAUUAUCUCAGCACAACAGAGAAAACCUCACCUCCGACUUAUAUCAUUGUGACGGAGACCUAUGUCAUCCUUGAUGUCCCAGAAUCCUGCUCACCACUGGUAUUUCAAGUGCGAUGCAGAAGAUUCCCUGCACUUGGUGUUUGGAGUACCUGGAGUCCUCCCAUGGUCCUUAAGUCCCAAGAUGGUUAUUAUUUCCCCCAGAGAGUUGUGGUCAGUACUGGAUCCAGCGCUUCGGUCUUUUGCACAUUUUGUUACAAAAACAAGAAAAUACCAUCCAAGGCCAUAACCUGGGGUCUGGACCUGGCCAAGCAGAUCCCCUCCCAGCACUAUACAGCAGUGAGCGAUUACGUAGGAAAAGUCACGAUCGACAAUAUGAAUACGACAACACCGAAGGGAAAGUUCCAGUUUGACGCUUUGUACUGCUGCAUCCAUGGCAUUGAGUGCCAGCCCCGAUAUGCAGAAAUCUAUGUCAUAGACACUAAUAUCAACAUUUGCUGUGAAACCAACGGCGAUUUGACGGUUAUGACCUGCAGAUGGACCCCUAAACAAAUCCCUCCCCUUAAAGACAUCUCCCUAACCUUCCGAUAUUAUGAGGAGAUAAACUAUUCAUUUGAAACCAAUAUAAAAUACGACGCUGCUACAGAGAAGAAAUGUGAGCUCCAGCCGGGCGGCUCCUAUCAAUGCAUUUUCAAUCAGCUGAAGACCAUGUCCAGUUACUACAUGUGGGUAGAAAUACAACACCCAUCCGGCACGCUGCGAUCUCCGCCAGUGUCUCUGAGGCCCAGGGACGUUGUGAAGCCCUUUGCUCCAGGGAUGGUACAGGCUGAGAUGACGGUGGACAGUAAAAAGGACAUGCAAUAUUUAAACGUGACCUGGAACCGGCCAAGAUUUGUUGUGGAAGACGUCUUUUACCAGCUCCGCUAUCGGGUACAAGGACAGGAGGUGGAAUGGCAGGUUGUAGACCUUUACAAGAAUAAGUCAGCAAAAUUCUUCAAUGUGGACGUCUGUCAAGUUUAUACCAUCCAAGUCCGAUGCCAACUGGUGAACUUUUCAGACAUCUGGAGUGACUGGACCAAUGCCAUUCACACUGUCCUCAAAGACGUCAAAGAACCUUUGAGAGGACCAGAGUUCUGGAGAAUUAUGACCAAAAAUAACAUCCAGAAAGGAGACAAAAUUACACUGGUUUGGAAGCCAUUACAAAAGAAGGAGUCCCUGUGCAGCGUCCGGGGGUACGAACUUGUACAACAGGUGUCCAGUGUCAUCAGCUGCACCACGUAUAUGGGCGAUGUGACAAACUACACCCUGAUCCUGCAGCACAGCGCGGUCACUCUGUCCAUCCGGGCGCUCAACUCUAUCGGGCCAUCGAAAAAGAACCACAACUUAACGCUGUCAGAGGACGUGAGCACAGUGAAGGCAGUGCAGUCAUUGAACAUGUACGCCCUGAACAGCACUGUACUUGCAGUGUGGAAAAUGUCUCCAGUGUCGUAUGAUCUUCUAGGGUUUGUUCUGGAAUGGAGGAACCUCCGAGGAAGAUCACCAAUGCGCUGGACUUACAUUCCUCCCAAUGCCAGCAGAUAUUACAUCGAUGACCAAUUCUAUACUAUAGAGAAAUACCAGUUUAUCCUGACUCCAGUCUUUUCAGAAGGUGUCGGCAGCCCUCACAUCACAUAUGAAUUUUCCAAAGAGGACAUUGAUGAAAUGAAGAAUAAUACAGGCUUCUACAUUAUUUUACCCGUGAUUACCGCAACAUCUUUUCUGCUGGUGAUAACUUUUGCAAUAUCACAUCAAAGAAUGAAGCGAUUGUUCUGGAAGGAGGUGCCCAACCCCAAGUACUGCUCCUGGGCUCAAGGAGUCAAUUUUCAAAAGCCAGAUACAUUAGAAAACCUUUUCAUGAAGCAUCGACAACACCUGGCGCACAAUUUCUCAUUUAUCUUAGAACCAGAGGCUAUUUUUGAAAACCUGAAUAUCGAUAAAGGAUGGGAGAAAGGAAACAUUGACAAUGUCUUGAUAGUUGACCGGCUGACGGACGACCACGAUUCUGCCUGCACCACCAGCCAUUGCGGCAGCAGCUUCACAUAUGCGGUUGAACCUGAUAUUUCCAUCUACGGAGACAGCUCGUGCCAAUCCAGUGUAAAAUAUGCAACCAUAAUCGGCAACCCUCAACAAAGCAAGCAAUGCACCAAUGACAGGAAAAUUAGCCUCAGCUCCGGAGAUGGAUGUAUCUUGAGAAACAAUUCUAUCGUUAUCGGGAAUCUAGAAGACAAGAAACAGGCAUUGCUCAUCAUGGCCGGAUUACAUAUAAAGGAGCCCAACAUGACGUCUUCAAACUCUACCGUAUCAUCUGAAGGAUUUUCCGAGCCUACUGACCAGGAGGAAAGUUUUGAAGUUGACAGCCCUGAGAGAAAUCUCUAUUACUUGGGUCUGGAUUCCAACCAAAAUAACGAACGGGACAAUUAUUUCUCAAAAAAUCCCUUGGUGACCUACCACAUCCAGGAAAACAUAUCCUAUCAGGAGCUGGACUUUAGGAGAGAGAAGUCUUCCAAGCUCAUAGAAAAUGACUAUGGGCAUCCAGGUUUUCUGAAGAGAACGUUGCGUCCCUAUGUGCCACAGUUUCAGAUCCAGUCUUCAGAUGACACAGAAGUGUUUGAUAUGUGUACGUGAUACAUUGUCUAUAAUCCAUUGAACACAAUCAGAAUGUGAAAAAAUGACCAUUUAAUAGGGGUGGAGUAAGUGCUUGGGUUACGCCCCAGAGGAGCAUAAGCCCGAUUGGCCUUCCCUCGAGCUUCACUUGGGUGGUGAAACCUAGUGGUGGAUCCAUAAUUUUUAGAGGAGCAGAUUACUAUGUACGUUACUUACAGUUGGCCAAUUGGUUGAAUGUGAUGUCACUGCAUCUUGGUUGUGACAUCACCAAUCCUUGCCUGGGGGUCCAGCUGCAGCCAGUACAGGACAUGUGAUGCAUUUGUGGGAAGCAGAGACAUUAUUCUGUUAUGAAGCAUAUUCUACAUGGAACAAAUUGCAUGUUCCGUGCAUCGUAGGGGUCUCAAUGUACCUUAUCUCGGGUUUCCAAACCGUGCUUGAAAUACAUUAAAACACACACCACGUUUUUAACGGUAGCUUACAGCUUAAAAGGGUUAUGUUCCUUUAAAAAAUUUAGCACAAUAGAUUUUAUAUUGAACAUAACCUUUUUCCUUUUCAUCAGCACUUAGCCUCUGCUGCAGUGAUAGGAAUACUGUGCUUCCUCUGGGGAUUACUAUGGUAAUGUUAUUCUGCUUCCUCUGGGGAUUACUAUGGUAAUGUUAUUCUGCUUCCUCUGGGGAUUACUAUGGUAAUGUUAUUCUGCUUGCUCUGACAUUGCCAUGGUAAUGUUAUUCUGCUUGCUCUGGGGAUUACUAUGGUAAUGUUAUUCUGCUUGCUCUGACAUUGCCAUGGUAAUGUUGUUCUGCUUGCUCUGGCAUUGCCAUGGUAAUAUUAAAAGGGUUGUGUUAUCUUAGGCAUUGGUGGCAUACCUCUAGGAUAUACCACCAAUGUCAGAUAGGUGUGGGUCUCACCACUCUAGAAUUGGGUCCCUAAAGUGAACGAGAGCACACCGCGCAUGCAUGGCUGCUCUCCAAUCACUUCUAUGGGAGUUCCUAAAAUAGCCAAGAGAGCAUGCUCAGCUAUUUUCAGAAGCUCCAUGGAAGUGAAUGGAAAGCGCACCGCACAUGCCCGGCUAUGGGAUUCACAGAAAUAGCCGAACCAGCGCUUGACUAUUUUCAGAACUCUUAUAAAAGUGAAUAGAGGGUGGCUUCGCUUGCACAGUUUGCUCUUGUUCACUUUGGGGCCACAUUCUAGAGACAGGUGGGGCCC